AUGCUUCGGGCACUUACGAUACCAAUGCCGCAGUCUCUUUUGUUUGUUUUAUACCACUUCAGCGAUUUUCCUUUUGGGUGGCAACUGUCUUUUUUUUUGGUGGCAGACUACAAUCAUCUGUCCAAUAUCUCUUACAUUUUGCAUAACCAUUUGGACUUGGAAAAGCCUGUAAUAACUUGGGUUUUUUUUGGCGUUAGAAAGAGAGAAGAUUCCGCUAUCGUAGCAAACGGCCUAUCAGUGUGA